CCACCACCAGGUACUGCACGAGUCCCCAUUUCUACCUUUACACCUUUAUAGUUCCAGAUGGCUCUUAAACGCAUCAACAAGGAAUUGAUUGAUCUUGGCCGUGAUCCACCUACAUCAUGCAGCGCUGGACCGACAGGUGACAACAUGUUCCAAUGGCAGGCAACGAUUAUGGGACCAGGCGACUCACCAUACGCUGGCGGUGUUUUCUUCCUCUCGAUCACCUUCCCUACCGAUUAUCCUUUCAAGCCACCCAAGGUCAGUUUCACGACCAAGAUUUACCACCCCAACAUCAAUGCCAAUGGCUCGAUCUGCCUGGAUAUCUUGAGGGAUCAAUGGUCGCCUGCCUUGACUAUCUCGAAAGUCCUACUUUCCAUUUGCUCCAUGCUCACGGACCCCAACCCUGAUGAUCCUCUUGUGCCCGAUAUCGCACAUUUGUACAAGACUGAUCGUACUCGUUAUGAGGCAACAGCAAGAGAAUGGACGAGGAAGUAUGCCAUGUAGUUACAGACAUCUUUGUCAAUUGGAAGCUGUCGCUACACUCGCGUGGACGUGUAGAUUGGGCGGGUGUACCCUGUAACAUAUCAUGUUUUGCAACAAUUCUCAAUCCUUCUAGUAAUUCAACGCAUUGGGCUCU